AUGCCCGCGCGCCCCGGACGCCUCCUCCCGCCGCUGCCCCGGCCGCUGGCCCUGGCCGCGCUGCCGCUGCUCCUGCUGCUGGGCGAUGGCGGCGGCGGGCGCGGAGGCGCCUGGGCCCAGGAGCCGGGGGCGGCGGCGGCGGCGGCUGCGGACGGGCCCCCCGCGGCGGACGGCGGGGACGGGCAGGACCCGCACGCCAAGCACCUGUACACGGCCGACAUGUUCACGCACGGGAUCCAGAGCGCCGCGCACUUCGUCAUGUUCUUCGCGCCCUGGUGUGGACACUGCCAGCGGCUGCAGCCCACUUGGAAUGACCUGGGAGACAAGUACAACAGCAUGGAGGACGCCAAGGUCUACGUGGCCAAAGUGGACUGCACUGCGGACUCAGACGUGUGCUCCGCGCAGGGGGUGCGAGGGUACCCCACCUUGAAGUUUUUCAAGCCUGGCCAAGAAGCUGUGAAGUAUCAGGGGCCUCGAGACUUCCAGGCGCUGGAGAGCUGGAUGCUGCAGACGCUGAACGAGGCGCCCGCGACACCAGAGCCAGAAGCAGAACCGCCCAGAGCCCCUGAGCGCAAGCAGGGACUUUAUGAGCUGUCAGCGAGCAACUUUGAGCUGCACGUGGCGCAAGGCGACCACUUUAUCAAGUUCUUCGCUCCGUGGUGUGGUCACUGCAAAGCUCUGGCUCCAACCUGGGAGCAGCUGGCCCUGGGCCUUGAACAUUCUGAAACUGUCAAGAUUGGCAAGGUUGAUUGUACACAGCACUAUGAACUCUGUUCGGGAAACCAAGUUCGUGGCUAUCCUACUCUUCUGUGGUUCCGAGACGGACAAAAGAUUGACCAGUACAAAGGAAAGCGGGAUUUGGAGUCCCUGCGGGAGUACGUGGAUUCCCAGCUGCAGAGCACAGAGCCGGAGGCCCCAGAGAGCGUCCAGCCUUCAGAGGCCCCGGCCCCUGAGCCUGUGGCCCAGGGCACCGUGUUGGCGCUCACGGAAAAGAACUUCGAGGACACCAUUGCAGAAGGAAUAACCUUCGUUAAGUUUUAUGCUCCGUGGUGUGGUCACUGUAAGAAUCUGGCCCCGACGUGGGAGGAGCUCUCCAGAAAGGAAUUCCCUGGUCUGGCAGAGGUCAAGAUCGCUGAGGUGGACUGCACUGCAGAGCGGAACAUUUGCAGCAAGUACUCGGUACGAGGCUAUCCCACACUGUUGCUUUUCCGCGGAGGGCAGAAGGUCAGCGAGCACAACGGAGGCAGAGACCUUGACUCGCUGCAGCACUUUGUCCUCCGGCAGGCCAGGGACGAGCUGUAGCACCCGCUCGCCAGUUGCCCGGCCUUGCGCACCCCGGCUGCUGGAGCCGAGUCAUGCAGGUGUUGUGGACUCUCACGUGGUGGUUUUUCAGAGAGCUGAAUGUACUAAACUUGCGGUAUCUUCUUUGUGUGUGUGUUUUUUAAGCCAACACACUCUACAGAUUCUCUAAGUUUCUCUAAGUAAACACAUAAGUCACGAUCCCUUCACUAAAUAUUUUCCGUGGCGAUCAGUCAUCCCCUUUUCCCUUCUUUUGAUGAAUCUAAAUGGUUUCCUUUGAGACUAAAACAGAGUUGAGGAAAAUCAAAUUGCUGAGCUGUUUUUGGCUCCUGAGUGAUGCCGGUGAACGCAUCACCUAAAGCAUUGUUUGGGACUGCCCACGAGUCCUGGAAAGGUGACCGUAGUGAUACUCCUCUGAUCUGAAGGUCAGAACUGACUUCUUCAUAACGGGGUUGGUUGGUCAGUAGCUUGGAGCAGAUCUAAAAACAGAAGAAACCCCACACCUCUGGAAGAUACCUCCACAUCCACCCCUGGCCUUGCUGUUUCUGUCCGUGCUCCUCUCCUCGCGAGAGGUCAGCCAUCCUGAAAGCAAUGGUACUUCUGACACGUGCCUGAGUAAGACAAUGCUGGUGCCGUAAUCUCGUGUGUGUGUCCGUGCUUCUGUCCGUUACCCCUUGCGAGACUUCUUUAGUUAGGGCAUCACAAAGAUGUGACGCCUCCCGCAGAAAAUGUGGGCAUGGAAAGUUCCACAAGGCUUGUCCUGACUAUUCUGUUAACUCCUACAACAGUUCUGGUGGUUGCCACCCUGGGCCAGAGGGCUGAGGUGAGCCUUCCCAGGCCCGGGUUUCGGGACCAGGGAGACCCACCAGCUGGAAGCAGCUUCCAAGUUGGCGUAGGGGCUUACUGUGCUCUGUCUGCCUCGGAAGAGGUCAGCUCUGUGUGUGUCACGAGUGGGACUCAGCUGGCCUCCAGGCCAAAGACUGAGGUAGGCGGGGCUGGGUCAGGGCUGCUCCGGGCUGUGGUACUGCCCACGCGGGCACGCUCGUAAGCCAUGCCGUCCUGCUUGUUGAGCACUUUUACUGUCACACUUGAAAAUAAGCACCCGUCAGACUAGGCUCCCUUAAGAUAUGUACCUGAAUGUUCCUUGCCAUCAGGUUACUUCUCGUCAUAAUCCCUCUGUCUCCAACACUCUUCACCCCACUAUCCAUGCUCAGGGUGGGCGCGGUCUGUGGACACGCGGUCACUGGUGGUGGGAAUCUGAGAAACGACCACUUCUGCUGUCUGCGGCAGAAGACAACAGAGCAGGAUCUCGGCCAGCCUCUGCCUUAAAGGAAAUCUUUAUUAAUUAUGUAUGGUUCACAGAUGUUCUUUUAAAAACCCCAACUUUCUAGAGAAGCACAAUCCUCAUGAGUGGCUUCAGCUUUGCAUCAUGAGUCUUGUAUUAAAAGAAAAUCCAAGUGGUACAAUUUGUUUACACUAUGAUACUUUCUAAAUAAACUCUUUUUUUAAAAAAAAAAA